GAUAAAAUUAACUCAUUCACAUUUAAUAUGGCAAAAAAAGAUCAAACUCAAUUCUUUCAACGUAUUAUUUUAACAAAUGAAAGUGAAAGCGAUAUUGAGGAGUAUUCAGAAGUUGCUGAACAAUUAUUAGAUGCAGUAAAUUUAAGAGAAAAAUAUGUAUUCCAUCCAAAGAUUUGGAAAGCAGAUGCAGUACCAGGAGAAAAGCCACCAUAUCAUCCAUUCGAAGUAUCAGAGGAUCAAAUGGUUACAUCAGAUCACACUUAUAAAGUUGUAAAUGGUGUAUAUUUUGUUUAUUCCAACGAAAAUGAAAUGAAGAAUGAAAAUCCACUCUACAGCGUACCACACACUCUCAGCUCAUACUAUAAAGAUAUCAACAAUUUAAUGAUGUUUUGUUCAUACGGUCCAGCCAAGACAUUUACAUUCAAAAGAUUACAAUUGUUGGAAUCAAAGUUCAACAUGCACAUCCUUUUAAAUGAUUCUCUAGAGUUAUUGCAACAAAAAACUGCACCACACAGAGAUUUUUAUAAUGUCAGAAAAGUAGAUACUCACGUUCAUCAUUCAUCCUCUAUGAAUCAAAAGCAUCUCUUAAAAUUCAUCAAAAGAAAAUUAAAAGAACAUCCAAAUGAAAUUGUAAUUUUCCGUGAUGACAAAUAUUUAACACUUGCCGAAGUAUUUAAAAGUUUAAAUUUAAAUGUUGACGAACUAAGUGUCGAUACUUUAGAUGUUCAUGCUGAUAAUAAUACUUUUCAUAGAUUUGAUAAAUUUAAUUUAAAAUAUAAUCCAUGUGGUCAAAGUAGAUUAAGAGAAAUCUUUUUGAAAACAGAUAAUUUAAUUAAAGGAAAAUAUUUGGCUGAAAUUACAAAAGAAGUAUUUGAGGAUUUAGAGAAAUCAAAAUAUCAAUCAGCUGAAUAUCGUUUAUCAAUUUACGGAAGAAAGAUGAGCGAAUGGGAUACUUUAGCAUCAUGGGUAGUCGAUAAUGAAUUAUUUUCAACUAAAGCACGUUGGUUAAUUCAAAUUCCAAGACUUUAUGAUGUAUAUCGUGAAACAUCAACAACAACAUUCCAAGACUUUUUAAAUAAUGUUUUCCAUCCAUUGUUUGAGGUUACCAAAGAUCCAUCAUCACAUCCAAAACUUCAUAAAUUCCUUCAGCAAGUUGUCGGUAUUGAUUGUGUAGAUGAUGAAAGCAAAUUUGAAAAGAAAUUCACAGAGAAAUUCCCAGUACCAGGUGAUUGGAACAGUGAACAUAAUCCACCAUACACUUAUUAUCUCUACUAUCUCUAUGCAAAUCUUUACACUUUAAAUAAAUUUAGAGAAGAAAAAGGCUACAACAUCCUCACCUUAAGACCUCACUCUGGCGAGGCUGGUGAAGUUGAUCAUAUGGCUGCCGCUUUCUAUUUAGCUCAUGGUAUCAAUCAUGGUAUCAAUCUCAGAAAAACUCCAGUACUUCAAUAUCUUUACUAUUUAACCCAAAUUGGUAUAGCAAUGUCACCACUCAGUAACAAUUCAUUAUUUUUAACAUAUCAUCGUAAUCCUUUCCCUGUUUUCUUUGCCCGUGGUCUCAAUGUUAGUAUUAGUACCGAUGAUCCAUUACAAUUCCAUUAUACCAAGGAACCAUUGAUGGAGGAGUACUCUAUUGCUACACAAGUUUGGCGUUUAAGUCCAUGCGAUAUUUGUGAAAUUGCUAGAAAUUCAGUUUUACAAAGUGGUUUUGAACAUAAUGUAAAGAGUCAUUGGUUGGGUCCAGAUUAUGCUAAUUCACUUGGUAACGAUAUCAAAAAGACCAAUAUUAGUGAUAUUCGUGUUUGUUUUAGAAAUGAAACUCUUACUGAAGAACUCCAUCUCAUCCUUAAAUCACUUCAAACUCUUCCACACUUUAAAGAUUUAAAUAUUAGUUUCCUUUUAAAUAAAUUACCAAGCGAAAUUACAAGUGGUAAUGAAUAUAAAUUUAAAAAGGGUCAAUUAAAAUUAGCUUCUUCAAAUAAAUCAAUUCGUACUUCUUCAGUUGGUUCAACUCCAAAUUCAAAUACUCCAACCUCCUCAACUCCAACUUUAAAUUCUUCCCCAGGCGCAAUCGUUCACUUAAUGAAAACCAAACCAUAUAAUCCACCACCACUUUCUUUAAAUGUCUUUAAAGGUGAAAGUCAAACAAACAUAAACCAAAAUCAAAACAAUAGUUCACCAACUGUUGUAUCAACUCAACCAACUACAACUCCAAACCCAAUUGAAAAUUAAUUUAUUUAAAUAAUAAAAAAAAAAUAAAAAAAAAAAAAAAAAAAAGAAAAAAAGAAAAAUAUAAUAGUUAUAAAUAUAAUAUUUAUAAUAGUGUAUUGUAGUAAACAAUAAAUUUAGAAUCAUUAAUUAUUAUACAU